AUGGCGCAAACAAGCAGCGUUCUCAUGCUGCUUGGCAUUGUGGCGUUGUUUGGGGCAGCACAUGCGCAGGUUCUAACGUACCCCGAUGAUGUAUCUGCUCUCAUGAGCAUAAAGCAGGCCAUUGGAAACAAUGACAAUGGAGCAUUUGCCACCUGGGGGAUUGGCGACCCGUGCAACAAUCAAUGGCAAUAUUUAGUGUGCGCAGCCACCCUUUCGUUGCCUGUGGCAAAGGACAGCCAACUCAUGAGCAACUACAAGGUCGUCACAAGUCUGAACCUGAACGGGCGUGGUAUUUCGGCUACAUUGCCAGCUGCUGUAGCCUCUCUGACAAAUCUCGUGACGCUGGGACUCAGCAAUAACAAGUUCGGUGGAGACCUGACCAGCUACGACUUCAGCGGCCUCGUCAAGCUGCAGAGCCUGGCUUUGGACAUCAAUGCUUUCAGCGGCACUGUGCCGAAGUCUUUGGCUUCCUUGUCAGCCACUCUGACGGAGCUUAACGUGGCCAACAACCAGUUCAGUGGCGUCGCUCAAGAGCUGAAGGCUCUGAAGAAGCUCAAAGUCCUGACCUUGAACAACAACCCUCUCGCCUCAACGAUACCUUCCUGGUUGGACGGCACUUUCACCGCUCUGACCGACUUGUUGUUGGACAACAACAAGCUGGGAGACAGUGACCUGAAUGGGAACGGCUUGACGACCUGUGCGACUCCCACGUCGGCUGACCUCAUCGCGUACCCCGGCCAUGGAGGGGAGACCUGGUGCAUCAAUCCCAAGCUUGCUGCUUUGAAGUCUAGCCUGGUGCAGCUGAAGAUCUGGGACAACGAGCUUCAGGGAAACAUUCCUGUCGAGCUGGCAAAUCUGAAGAACCUGAACACGCUGAACCUCAACAACAACGCUCUAAGUGGAUCCAUCCCCGUCGAGAUUACGACCAUGCCUAAGCUCUCCAUCUUCUGGGUCCAGACCAACCGGCUGACCGGCGCCAUUCCCCCCGAAAUUGGCAACAUGGCCGCGCUCACUGACAUCGAGCUUCAACUGAACCAGCUGAGCGGCCCCAUCCCCCAGUCCAUCGCGAACCUGGGUCCCAAGAUGAACAAGCUUCAAAUGCAGAACAACCUGCUUUACGGCGCCAUUCCCGACUUCAGCAAGUUCACCAACAUCGUCCGCCUCGACCUGAACGGCAACUCCUUGGGAGCGACCGACGAGUUCGGCAACCUGAACACGACCAACCCGAUCGGCAUUCCCGCAACAUUGGGAAACCUCACCACGCUCCAGUAUCUGGACCUGUCCAACAACAAGCUCGGUGGAGUGCUCCCGGCCCAACUCGGCCAGCUAUCCAAUCUGGAGUUCUUCGACAUCUCCGGCAACAGAUUCACCGGCGCGCUGCCCGACUCCCUCGCCAAGCUCAAGAAACUCGAACAGAUGUUUGUGCAAGUGAACGACUUCUCCGGCCCUAUCCCGGAGUGGAUCAAGAACAUGACGAGCCUCGAGGACCUAUACCUCUCCGAGAAUGGUUUCACCGGCUCUCUUCCCCUGGCAAUCUUCCAAGCACCUGCACUGAAGUCUGUGACCGUGCACACCAACAAGCUAGAGGGGCCGCUACCCACAAAUUGCAACGGCUCAACGACGCUGGCGCAGCUAGACUUCUCCGACAACGCGUUCACGGGUCCCUUCCCUUUGUGCCUGACCACCCUCGAACUGACCUUCCUCAACCUCGAGAACAACGAGCUGACGGGGACGCUGCCCGACGCGCUUGGCAACUGGACUUCCAUCCAACUGCUCGGCUUGGGUUACAACAAAUUCACUGGGGCUGUGCCCGCUGCCCUGUGCAAUCUCCUGGACACCCUGAUCGCGCUCGACAUCUCCAACAAUCAGCUUGCUGGCAACAUCUCGAGCUGUUUGAUCGAUCACGCCGUUGAGCAUGCGGAUGACUUCUUCUUCUGGUACGAUGGCAACUCAUUCAGCUGCGAGAACCUAGAUUCGUGCCCCGACUCUGACACCCCAGACGACAACCCGUUCUCGGGUAACAGCACCUUCGGAAAGAGCCCUCCCCCAAUGCCCAGCACCCCUCGCUCUCCCCCGCCCCCACCCUCCGUCCUGACCCCUCCUCCCCCCCCGAAGAAGGCCGGCGCUAGCCACACCUUCCCUGCUGUUGUAACCAUGGUUGUUUUAGCCGCAGCUGGCACAUUUGCCUCUGUUUUCUAG